AUGAAAAGGAGUACAUUGGAGGCUGCAAUUGAGCAUGAACUGAGAACAGCGAAUGUGGAGAACACUGAAAAUUUUUCGGAAGAAAAAUUGUUUAAUGUGAAGCAGGAAUGUCCUGAGGACGACGGUUUGAACCUGACACCAGGAGACAUCCCAGCUUCAGCAGCUACUGAACCUACGUUAGCUUUUCUUCUGUCAAAUAACAUCAACAAGAAAACAGAAGAGAUGGCAAAGGAGCCUCCUCAAACAUCCAGUGCCGGUUAG